CGUGGCCGGCGGCGGAGCGGGGGCCGGUGCGGGCGGCGGGGCCGGGAGCGGGGCCGGGGCCAGGAUGAACGCGGACUUGCAGCGGGAACGGGCCGCCGCCACCUUCCAGCCCGAGCUGCUCACCCACAUCUUGGAUGGAGGAGCGGAGCGCACCCGCCGCCGCAAGGAGAUCGAGGCCUUAGUUAUUAAUGACCCUGAGUUCCAGCACGAGGAUCUGAACUUCCUGUCCCGUAGCCAACGCUAUGAGGAAGCCAUCAGGAAGAGCUCCCUGAUGGUGAUGAAGUUAAGAGAAUAUGGAAUUGCAGAUCCAGAUGAGAUCUACUGGUUUAAAAGCUUUGUUCAUCGUGGACGACCUGAGCCUCUGGACCUUCAUCUGGGCAUGUUCCUCCCCACCCUUCUCACCCAGGCAACCCCAGAGCAGCAGGAUCGCUUCUUCAUGCCUGCCUGGAACUUGGAGAUCAUUGGCACUUAUGCCCAGACUGAAAUGGGCCAUGGAACUCAUCUUCGGGGUCUAGAAACUACAGCUACUUAUGACCCUGCUACCCAGGAGUUCAUCCUCAACAGCCCCACUGUGACCUCCAUCAAAUGGUGGCCAGGUGGACUUGGGAAGACAUCAAACCAUGCCAUUGUGCUGGCACAGCUCUACACUCAGGGCCAGUGCAAAGGGCUGCACGCCUUCAUCGUUCCCAUCCGGAAGCUGGGCACCCAUGAACCUCUGCCAGGUAUUACAGUGGGUGACAUUGGGCCAAAAUUUGGUUAUGAUGAAAUAGAUAAUGGCUACCUGAAAAUGGACAACUUCAGAAUUCCUCGGGAAAACAUGCUGAUGAAAUAUGCUCAGGUUGAACCAGAUGGUACCUACGUGAAACCACUUAGUGACAAGCUGACCUAUGGGACCAUGGUGUUCAUCAGGUCCCUCAUUGUGGGUGACUCAGCUCGCUCCCUGUCCCGGGCUUGUACCAUCGCCAUCCGGUACAGCGCUGUGAGACACCAGUCUGAGCUGAAGCCUGGGGAACCAGAACCUCAGAUCUUGGAUUAUCAGACCCAGCAGUACAAACUGUUUCCUCUCCUGGCAACAGCAUAUGCUUUCCACUUUGUGGGAGCCUACAUAAAACAGACCUAUCGUCGUAUCAGUGGAGACAUCAAUGAAGGGGAUCUGAGUGAGCUGCCAGAGCUCCACGCACUGACAGCAGGGCUGAAGGCGUUCACCUCCUGGACUGCCAACGCUGGGAUUGAGGAAUGCCGGAUGGCGUGCGGCGGGCACGGCUACUCGCGCUGCAGCGGCAUUCCCGACAUCUACGUCACCUUCACCCCGUCCUGCACCUAUGAGGGAGAGAACACAGUCAUGAUGCUGCAGACAGCCAGAUUCCUGGUCAAAAGCUACAACCAGGUCACUGCUGGGCAGCGGGUCACUGGCAUGGUGUCCUACCUGAACGACCUCUCCAGGCAGCGCAUCCAGCCGCAGCGCGUGGCUGCCAGGAGCGUGACCGUGCGCAUCAACGAUCCAGCCAGCUUGGCAGAGGCCUACAAGGCAUGUGCUGCCUGGCUUGUGGAAGCUGCAGCAAAGACCUUGCAAGCUGAGCUGAACCACAGAAAGAGCAAGGAGGAUGCCUGGAACAGAACUUCUGUUGAUCUUGUGCGAGCAUCUGAGGCACACUGUCACUAUGUGGUAGUGAAGCUUUUUGCAGCAAAGCUGUCUGAGGUCAGUAAUGCAGCUGUCCGUGCUGUCCUGACUGAUCUGUGUCUCCUGUAUGCCCUCUAUGGGAUCAGCAAGAAGACAGGGGAUUUCUUGCAGGCGGGUAUUCUGAGCGAUGCCCAAAUCACACAAGUGAACCAGCGUGUGAAGGAGCUCCUGGCUACAGUCCGUCCCAAUGCAGUAGCCCUGGUGGACUCCUUUGACUUCCAUGAUGUACAUCUGGGGUCUGUGCUUGGCCGGUAUGAUGGCAAUGUCUAUGAGAACAUGUUUGAGUGGGCAAAGAAAUCCCCGCUGAACAAAACACAGGUUCAUGAGUCUUUUCACAAACACCUGAAGCCACUGCAAGCCAAGCUGUGAAGCCUGCUGGUUUUUUUCAAAUGCACUCUUCUCCUGACCUGAAAACUGGGUGUUUACAUCCUUUCUUCAGGCACUGAAAUCAAACUUUUCAAAUCCUAGUAGCUGUAGGACAGUGAAUAAUUGUAGCUUUUCUUUCCACUUCUAUAAAUUGAGGAGGUGCUUGAGGAGAGUGCAUAGGAAUUGAUGCCUGGUUUUAAAGUGCAAUUAUAAUCGUAAAAUUAACCUUCUAAAAAUCUGGGAAAGCUUUAUGGAUUCAUACAAGGAUUGCUUUUGUGAAGCUGCUGACUAGAGAGAAGUUACUGUCAACUGGAAAGCUAGCAGGAUUUCACUACUAAGUAGUAAACAGCCUUCAGGCAAAAGCUUCUAAUGAGCAGUUGUGUCCUCCCACCAAAAAAGCAUCAAUGUCUUGACUUUUUUUUUUUAGUAUUAUUUUUUUAAGAUUAGCACCACCUCUCUCCUUCUUUGGCAAAUAUUGAUGCUGUCAGAAGUCUCCUGCAUAGUUUUGUGCACAUGAAUCUGCAUGUGGCACUGCUUCCAUGAUGUAGCUGGGAAGCAAAUACCCAUCCUUCUGUGCUUCAUCUUUCCAGAAGAAAUCUUCAUGCUUUCCAGGACAUCUUCCUUUCACUGCCCUGCAGAGACUCCUUUUGCCUGUGUGCCAUCUCCAGCACUGGCACCUUACUCUUUGUUAAUAGGAAGUCAAAGGAGAACAUAGUGAUGCUGCUCUAAGGAAAAAAAAAGAACAAAAAACAACACAAAAACCAAGUAGUAACAAUCAGCUCAGUGCUGAUAAUAGAUGCUCUGCCCUUCUUUUAACUGUUAGUAUUUUUGUAGCACUAUCUCAAAGCACUUUACAAAGAUGAAUUAUGAUUAUUUCAUGUGAAAAACCACAUGGAGUGGUACAAAGUGCAAAUUUGACCUGGAAUGAUGAAGCCAGUAUUCUAGGGCAGAAGUCAGUUGACCAGGGUCCUUGGGUCUUCAGUUUGUUCUGGGAUGUUCUGGUUUUUAAAGGCAUUCUUCAAGAAAAUGACAAUCCCAAGGGAAGUGUCCAGAUUGUUUUGGGUUUGUUUUGGUUUGUUAGGUUGUUGGUUUUUUUCCUAUCCACGCAUUUCCAAGGAGCUCUCUCUGAUUUUUGCUUGAUUUUGUUUUUUGCAUUGACUUGGGAUUUGCACAGUGCUGUCUGGAUUUAACAGAUGGAAGAUUUAGCUUUUAGUAGAACCUACUGAUGCCCAGUGAAAUCAGUGCAACUACAACUAGGCAAAAUCAUUGCUGUUUUUCAACACCAAUAACUCUGUCCAGUAACAAUAAAACCUCUCUUUGCAACAGAUAAGAGCAGCUUUCAUCUUAAAAUGGUUUAAAACUUCAGCAUACACCCAAGUCCAGAGGAGGGCCAUGAAGAUGAUCAGAGGAUUGGAGCACCUCUCCUAUGAGGACAGGCUGAGACAGUUAGGGCUGUUCAGCCUGGAGGAGGCUCCAGAGGGACCUCAUAGUGACCUUCAAGUGCCUCAAGGGGCUGCAGUAAAGCUGGAGAGGGGCUUUCAACAAGGGCUUGUAGUGAGAGGACAAGGGGUAAUAGUUUUAAACUGGAAGAUGAGAGAUUUAGGUGAGACAUUAGGAAGAAAUUCUUGAGUGUUGAGACCCUGGCCCAGGUUGCCCAGAGAAGCUGUGGCUGCCCCAUCCCUGGCAGUGUUGAAGAGCAGGUUGGAUGGGGCUUGGAGCAACCUGGGCUGGUGGGAGGUGUCCCUGCCCAUGCAGGGGGGUUGGAUCUAGGUGGUCUUUAAGGUCCAACCCAAACCAUUCUAUGGUUCUAUGAUCCUGCAGUUCUAAGAAGUUGGUUCUCUUGACAGCUUUGGUAUCUGUUGAUGUCUCUUAAUUUUGGAUCACUUUUCAUGGAGUUUUUCCUGGCGCUAGCAGUCGUCAGACACAAUCUUUGGUUCCACAUGCAGUAGCUGAACAGAAAGAAAUGUUUAAUUUUAAAUAAAAUAAUGAAACUUGC